AUAGAACAUUAUCACAUAAUGUUCUUCAUAAUAUAGUAAUUUCUUUUAUAUCAUGCUAUUUUUAGAAUGGUAGAUAAUUUCACAUCAACAGCAUCUACAAGUUUCAUGAUACCGUGCAUUAAAAAAACUCGAAGCAAACACCCCUAUUCACCUAAUGUGGUCAUCCUGACGUCACUUUUCCAAGAUGGCGGCCGUACACCCGGAAGUCACGCCCCCUCCUCGAACAAGUUCGAACUAGCCGAAGUCGACAAAACUGUUUCAUCUGACCUGCGUUUCUGAAGACGUGGAACGACUUUCCCGGUCGUCUGUCUCUCCAAACACACCAAGUCAAAGGAUCCCUACGCAAGAACUUUUUAGUAGUUCGUGGGGACGUCACACAACAAACUUGACGACCUCUAUUGUGACGUACAGAAACUUGGGAAGUUCGUGAACUGUAGUUUGGAUAUUCGCACCGCCAUCAUGGCCCUGAGCAAGCCCAGCAGCCUGGACCCUGUCUACACCCCAGGUACGGCUCGGGGCGCCAAACUGGCAGCUCUGCUGGUGGACGAGGGGACUUCGCUGGUCAGGAAGAUAUUUGAGGGUGAAGUCCAGAAAAUGAGCCCUCCAAGUCUUCGCAAGCAGCUGAGAAGACACAAGAAAUAUCUGACUGGACUACGAUAUUUGAAUUCUGGUCAGAGGAAGACAUUGUAUCCAUCCAGCGGCGAUAUUCCAAAUACUCCACAUGCGUUUGACAUUAAUCUGUUAGAACUCCUCUUGAAAGAAAUCCCGUGGUUAGAGUUGGGUAAGGAUACACCGUACUCAGCCGAACGGGACAGGCUCCGGCGUUUCAGAAACGCGAAUCACGGGCACAGACCAUGCACAAACCUGUCUAAAGAAGACUUUAACAGACUUUGGGAGGAACUUACUGAAAUCCUGAUCGCCCUGGGCGGGGACAGAGACGAUAUUUCAGCGAGACUCAACCAGAGCAUCGACCCGGAACAGGAAACGAUGUACUUCAGCUUGCUUGAGAAGCAGUACAAGGAAGACAUGGAACUCAAAGAGAUUCUCCUGGCUCAAGGAGAGAGUCUAAAAAAAUGGCAAGAAGAAGUUUUGGAUCAAGGAAAGAGCCUGCUAGUGGGGCAAGAAACACUCUUGGCUCAAGGGGUUGGUCUGAAAGUUGGGCAAGACCAACUUUUAGCCCAAGGAGCAAAUCUGACAAAUCAAGGUGACUGUCUUAAAAGAGGACAAGAUCAUCUUUCAGCUCAAGGCGAAAGUCUCAAGAAGGGACAAGAGACAAUUUUGGCCCAAGGAGAAAGACAGAUGAAAUGGCAAGACCGACUUUUGGCCCAGGGAGAAAGUCAGAUAAGGAGACAAGAAGAACUUCUACAUCAAGGUGAAAGUCUCGAGAAGGGACAAGAGACAAUUUUGGCCCAAGGACAAAGCCAGAAAAAAGGUCAAGAAGAAAUCUUGGAGGAGUUGAGAAAGUUGCCAGAGAAAGUCCGUGAUGCCCAGAGCCCAGGAACAGAUUCGGGGCAACCUGAAGACUCAACUUCCAGGACAGGUUUGGCUGAUGCACCUGAUGACGUCAUUUCCUGCCUGAAGGACCUGUACGCCACAGAGUAUGCGCAUGUGCGGCCCCUACCGUGGUGCGAAGACCUCAACCUGCAUCUUGGAGAAGUCUACACAAGCCUGCAGCUGCAGCAAAGGGACGGUAGGGGGAACUUUAAGGACACAGACAGCAUCGUAAGCCUAGCAGACAUUUUCAAUGCAAUGGAAGGUGAAGGUAGUCAAGUUAGUGUUAGAUCAAACGUCAGAAAAGUAAGGGUAGAGGGAAACCCUGGCAUUGGGAAGUCGUGCUCUUGUCAGAAGCUUGCCUAUGAUUGGUCCUGUGGGAAACUGGACAGGUUUAAGGUCGUGUUCUUUCUGGAAAUGCGACACUUAGCUGGAACUGUAAAAGAUGCUAUUUUUGAGCAACUCCUACCAAAGGACACAAAAACCACUCCGGACCAGCUCUGGACCUACAUCCAAGAGAAUCAGGAUGAUGUUCUCUUCAUCCUAGACGGUCUAGAUGAGCUCAGUCAGUCAGCUAGGGAAGUCACAGAUGUGGUGGACUUGAUUCAGGGUAAAAUCCUCAGGAACUGCCAUGUCCUGGUGACCUCCAGGCCGUACCAGUGUGUCAAAGAUCUCGAGAAAUGUCACCAGUUCUACAAAAUCGUAGGCUAUAGUAGAAAGAACGCAAUGGCAUUCAUAUAUAAGUACUUUGCCGAAUCCCCGGCGUCUGCCGCAAAACUUGUGGAACAACUCAAUAGUUACAUGCAUCUGCCCGAAGUAGUUUUUACUAUCAACAAGUUGGAAGAGGAAUUGCUUGCAAGUAAAUUGAGUCUGUCAGAACUAUUGGCUAAUCCUCUUAGCAACCUGCUCAUUUGUGUUGUUUGGGAAGAUAACAACAGACAGUUGCCUUCUAGCAAAGCGGAACUUUAUGAAAUGAUUGUUUUGUCCAUUGCCAAGCGAUUCUGUUCAAAGAAAACCCUUCCGAUGGAAGGUGACCAACUUCCUCCCAAGAUAGAAGAAGCUUUGCGAGGCCUAGAAAAACUGUCUUGGGAGGGACUAGAGCAGGAGCAGCUCCAGUUUAGCAUAGAUGAGAUCACAAAGAAGUAUGACACAACUGCCGAUAACAUGUUGAACAUGGGUCUCCUGACUAGAGAUAACUCUUUCGCCAGAAUCAAACGCACCUGCUACUGCUCCUUUCUGCACAAAACAUUUCAGGAAUACAUGGCUGCCCGUUAUAUCAGUGGCAUAGUCACGGAUGAAAGCAGUAGAGAUGUGGGGAUGGCAUGCAUUCGUAGUUUGUUGGGUUUGACAAAGGCUGACAUGGUCACGGAAGGAACUAACAAAGAGGAGGCAAUUACAUGUCUUCGUGGUUUGUUUGGUUUAAGAAAGGCACCGGACAUUGAUACGAAACUGAUUUUAAAGUGUCGCCGUAAACACAGGGAGAUUCAAAACUGGCUACCUUUGAUCCUGGGUGAGAAGGCAGACCCACUGUUUGACAUGUUUGCAGAGGAGCUAAAGAAAGCCCAAACUGAUGAGGACAGGGAAGUUUUGUCGUUUGUGUGUAUUAUGUUGCUUGGGAAAGCUGCUGCAGGUGGUAAAAUGGCUGAGAUUGUGGCUCCUUGUCUGCCCCAGCACCUAACUAACAACCUGGGUGAUUUGAGUGAACAAUAUGAUCAUCAUAUCUAUUGGUUUGUAGGGUUGACACACGUACUCACCUGUCAGAAGAAACUCCGUGCAAGUAACAAUCCAAGGCUGAUACAGCAUCUGACAGUUAAUUGCGGCCAUAUAACUGCCAGUUCUUCAGAACAAGAGAAACUUGACUUGUUGGAAAACACAUUGUCAGAUUAUGGCAAGAUACGCUCUGUGACGUUACUUGAUGCUGGCUGUGUUAGUAGGGCUGUCCACCAUAACUUCUCACCACUGCGCACAUUCAUACCUCGGUGUGGAACAGAAAGUGUGACCAUUUGUAUCAACCCCUAUGAUACAUUAUAUCUGUCACUGUCAAGUUCGUUGGAACAGCUUUCAAAGGCACCAAUGGUAGAGCAAAUCAGAAUCUCCGUAGGUUGUGUCAUUAGACAUAUUGACGAGCCUGAAGCGGACUUCUCAGAAUAUGACAGGUUGUUGGCCCACGUUAUUAGUAGGCAGAGCUGUCUCAGGUCAAUAAGGCUAAAGGUAACAGGAUGGUCUCGUGGGAAUUCUGAAAUCAGGGGGUUCGGUAACCUAGCAGCAACCCUGCAGAGCAUCUCACAACACUCACGUCUCCAAGACGUUGAAUUUGAGCUUCCAAGGAACGAUCAUGUAGUUUUUUCCGAAGAUACAAGGUUUGACAAUGAGAUGGUUUGUAUGGUUAACAAUGUGCCCUUAAUAAAAUACAAAGCACAUGAAACAGUUAAUGUCGAGCCAAUGGUGUACAAUCUCACAGAAUGCUUAAAGAAAAACAAGGUGCUGAAGACAAUGUCGCUUAGGUGGAGACUUGGUAAAGUUCAGAGUAUGACAAGCAAAAUUUAUCAUGGAGUCUGCAGCCAUCAGUCCGUCUCCAACCUGUGUUUAGCGAUCCGGAGAAACCGAACUCUGAAGUCGUUGGUGAUUGAUGGUAUGUUUGCGCACGGCCAAUUGCAACCAAGGCGCAAGGCGAGGGUGGUAGCGAAGCUGAUGCGUCAUAAACCUAGCAACUACGAGGAACUAAGAAUCACCAUAGUUAGACGUCUACGUCCGUCUCGUAAUGACUUCGUCACGUUUCCUCAUAUAUAAUUUCUUGGGUAUACAGAGCGACAGAACAGGUGGAAAUGGCAGUGGACCUUCACCCGAACAGUAGAAGCCUUCGCACUCGCUCUAGAGAGCACAAAUCAUUUCUGUCAAUCUUUUCUCGCAAAUAAUACCAUCGAAAAUGUCUUUAACAGCAGCAUAACCAAGUGAAGUUACCACACGUGCCUUUGAUAUGCUGUACCACUGCAAACACAUCAUACUAAGACAUGUACAUGUCAGAGGAAAUCACCUCUUUGUUGGAAAAGAAAGAAGGGUGAUACAUGAUGCUAUGUAUAUAUUGGCUAGUGAUUGUGACAAGUCCCAGUUAUGAGCUAGUAAUUAGCAAGUUCCGGUUAGAUAGCAUGAAGGUGCCAAGUAAGUCAAGCAAAAUGUUUCGGAUUUGCCCUCAAAUGUAUCUACCAUGAAGUUUGUGUCGAGGUUUUAUAUGAACUUAUAUUUUAUAUAAGUGAAUAUAUUUGGUAAAACAGAAACGUCCAUAUCUGACAAGAGCACGACAUGAACAUUCCCACCUUCUGUUGAUAUUACAAAACUUCCCUAAAAUACUAUGUAUCCCAUUUAGAUGUUUCUGCCUCCACAUUGUAAUAAGUUGAGCAUUUGUUAAUUAGUGGAUAUGUCAUUAACAUAUUUAAGCUGAUGUGAGCUAAGAUGAGUGUAAAAUAACAUUCCUGUAACAAAACAAACUAUUGUAAACUCAGAUAGAAACAUGAAAACAAAAUUACACCAUAUUUUGGCGUGUCCCUAAAGAAGAUAACGAUGCAAACGUUUGAAUGUAUAGAAACUCAUUGUGGUGUGUUACAGCAAUUGCAAUACAUCGUACUCCAUUAUGCAGAAUAUGUGUUGGAUAGCAUAAUCACGUUCUUGUUUUUGGCUUCUUUACAAGUUUAUUUACAGCAGCAUUGGUAUAGGCAUAAAUAGCAUCAAAUAUAAUGUUGUAAUAUCUGUUGCAUCGAUGUGAGUUCAAACAAGUGUGAUUCCUGUACAAGAGCAAAAGGGAACAACAGAAUAUUCCCACCAGAAUUGCACCAUAUUUCUGUAUGUAACGUUAGGUAUAGAAGAUGAAGAUGAAAAUAUUUGUAUAUACGUACAGAAGUUGAACAUACAAUUAGAGACAUUCCACUUGAUAAUGCAACAAUUUUGUAUACAGUCAAGCGUCUAAGGUGACUGAUUUUCACCUAAUACUAACUAGUGCUGUUGACUGCAAAUAUACCAAUGUUAUGUUGAACAUGUAUUGGUUCGAUAUAUAGUGCUAAUGACAACGUUGUUUAUUGUACAAACGAUGACAGUAUGGACUAUUUGAUGGUCAAGAACAGAGGUCUGUAAAAACAGCAAAUGGAAAAUAUGUGGAAUUUCAAUGAACAUAUCAAUGAACCAAGUUGAAAUUGCGAUGUUAUUAUAAUUAAGCUGUCAUAUGUUUUUCAAAAACCUGAAAAGGGUUCACCAAGAAGUGAUGAGAUAUACUGCCUAAAUUUGUAACGCUUGUUGCCAUUGGUAGAUUGUACUUGAACCACUUUAUAUGUACCUGAUGCUUAUGACACUAAUGUACGUUGCUGCAAUGUAUCAUUACACAGUGUAUAACACA